AUGUCCACCAAUGACGCCGUUUUUUACCGGCGCAAUAAACAGAUUCAAGAUGCCAUUGACGGGCAGAAUCUGAAACAGGCCCUGCAGCUGAUUGACAAGCGCAUGAAGAAAGGAGAAGAUACGAGAUUUUUGAAGGCAUGGAAAGCCCAUAUACUAUAUCGUCAUGUGGACGAAAUCCAUCGACAACGUGGUAUAGCGGAGACCCUCGAUUUGUGCAAGGCCGAGCCACCAGCUACCGAUCUCGAUACUCUCGACAUUCUUUAUCAGACUCUGAAACGAAUGGGCGACCAGGCGGAGACUAUGAGGACUCUGUGGGAAAGAGCCUCGAAGGCGAAACCACAAGAUUUGGAUUUACAAAUGAGAUGGUUCACGGAUGCGUUUGAAGGUGAUGACUGGAAGUCAGCGCAAAAGGUCUGUAACCUGUUGAGUCCGGCUGUCGCAAUAAACCGAAAUCUAAUUCCUUGA